AUGGAUCAAAACUGGCGCCCGGCUGUCCAGGUCGUCAUCAAUGGCCGCUCUCCUGCUCAAGGUCAUGGCUCUGGGGGGAUGCCACAACAUCGGUUUAGACCUUUGUUGGUUGAUGAAGCGUUGCAGUAUUCCCCUAUGUCUAGUUCACCUGUAUUCGGCUUGGACUGUAUUCUGCGUCCUGACGUCGGCAGGCCACCUACUACAACCUCCAUCAAUCAUAUCCUUCAGUCCGGGCGUACGGUUUUGAAUGAGCUCAACACGGAAAUACAAUCCGGGCGUGAUGAGUCGAGCCGAUUAGAGACAUCCCGCGAAUAUCUGCAGCAGCUCCUUGAUGGGGAUCAGUUGACAGAAUUCAAAUUUAAGCUUCCCACCGGUUCUGCACGUCCUCAAAGUUCAUUGUCAGGUCCCACCUCAGAGCAGGGCACUGGUCGUCACGAGCUUGGUCCGUUUGCUAAGAUGAUGUUGGAUGCCACAGAAAUAGCGUUUCGAUAUCCUACUUCAUCCGAACCGAAGAACGAGAAGACCCUCCAGAAAGCAGCAUCGUGGAACGAGCAAGCGCAUCGUGCGACCAACGCUAUCUCGAUACCAUACACGCAGCCCAAUCAGCCAACAGCAAGCCAGUUCUCAGUGGUGAUUCCUGUGAAGCCGCUCCCUUCCCUAGACGACCAUAAUGCUUUGAAGAAAAGGAAGCUCAACAACGAGGCGGACGAUCUCACCAUGAUACGGCUUAAGGAUCAAAAGGAGGAGGCUGAUGCUGCGCUUGUGAAGCUACAAGAUUUGUUUCACGAGGUUUUCGAGGCAGAGGACCAGCUGGAAGCAGAAGUAACAUCGGGUAUGAUGUCCGAAGGGCAGGCUGGGCUUUUCUCGGUUGCUCGGACGCUUGACGUGAAUGGACCUGUUCUUUCAUCUGAUGCACACAGUCGUCUUCAGAAGGCCAUGAAGAAAGUUGUCGGCUUCAAUCGACUCCAGGAUAUUCCGUCGGAGUUUUUGAAAAGGCUCCAGAAAUUGUGUGAGAAGCCCAUCAUUGCCGCGCAAUCGCCCGAUCUCAGAUUGGACGAUCCAUCCAGUGAAUCGGAAUCUCAAGGAUGGUUGAACAAGAUGGACGAUAUGCUCAAUGCUUUGUGUGCAGUAGGUACACUGUUACAGACGAUGUCUGGAUCUCGGACAGAAAGGGAUCUUUGUCCGGAGGACCUGAUCGAGGCCAUUCCGAAUGUAUUCAAUCAGAUUUUUGAUCAUUGCGUCAUUCCGGCCGUUGAAUCGCGCCCCGGGGGCAAAGAAGCCAAAUAUUUUGAUUUCUUCUCUUCUCAGAAGCGUGUGAUUGGGGGUAUUAUCCAACAAAGUAAAAAGGUUCUUGGCCUGUUUGCCGACUUCUUAUCUCGGGUCGAUGUCUCUGAAGGCGCAAUUACCGCAACGGAGUUUUUCGCUACCAAGUUGAUCUUCGUGGAAAAUGCUCAUACCGAUAAGGAUUCUGCUGUGGGCUAUCAAAAGUAUGAAUCCGUUCGCCGUGGAGCAAUGGAUGUCCUGGCAAAGAUAUUUUCUAAAUAUCCUGCUCAACGACCCUUUAUUCUUGACGAAAUCCUGGUUUCCUUGGAGAAAUUGCCCUCUACGCGACAGAGCGCUAGGCAAUUCAAGGUUGCUGACGGUAAAAGCAUCCAGUUACUCACUGCAUUGGUGAUGCAGCUUGUUCAGACUACUGCUCUAGAUUCCCCAUCUUCGACAAAACGAAAAGCGGAACGGAACGUGGCAGCUGGUGACCCCGGUGAAGAAUCGCCGGAAGGUGAAGAUGACUCGGCCGACGAAUACGAAAAUGAUGAAUCUGAUGUAUCUCUGGAGCGCCUGGCGACGAAGGUCAACCGCCUCUACGACAACGCUGUUCGCAGUGCGCAGUACAUUGUCAAAUUCAUAGUGCAGCGUGCAAUGACAUCUACCAAGACAGGUGAUCAGCCGUUUCGGAAUAUUCUUGAUAUCUUCACCGAGGAUCUCAAAGGUGUUCUGGGCUCAACAGAAUGGCCAGCAGCCGAGCUACUUCUACACAUAAUGGCCUAUCACAUGGUAAAUAUUGCGGAUCUUGAUAAGAGUUCGGCGACUGCGAAGAGCAUGGCACUGGAGUUGUUGGGUUGGAUGGGCUCUGCCAUUUCUGAUUUGAUUGCGACGGCUCAAAACUCACUUUCCUCAAUGAAUGAAUCCGAUGCUGAACUCACUGACUAUUUGAGACAACUGUUUGAAGAUUAUUCCAGUCACGCUUUGCAUCCCCAAGAUCUUGUUGUACCGGAGGGUCCAUAUCGAAUAGCUCUCGAGUACCUUCUGCAGGAUCGCUCGUCAGACACUUGGCAGCUCUCUAGCGCUCGGGGAUUUUAUCUGGCACAAUGGGCUAAGACUGUUUGUGGUGUCUAUUACAAUUCAGAAGAUCAGCACGAAGUCUCUCCAGACAGUGCCACUGACGACCUAGUUGUUCUCUUGACGAGGUUGUUUUCCGACCCCUUGUGGUUGGAAACGAAUAGGUAUUUCGAUAGGAUUUCUUCCACUCACGGAAAACUCGCGUAUAAUCUGACGGUCUUAAACUCAAGCUUCUGCAAAGCUUUCGAUACAAUCUUGAAAGUCCUUCUCAACUCACUGGGCAGUGAUCAGGCAAAGGUCCGCAGCCGUAGCUUGAAGAGUGUUAUUUACAUGCUUGAGAAAGAUCCAAGCCUCCUAGACAGAGACGCAUCCGUCAUGCACAUUAUUCUCCGGUGUACUACAGACGCGUCUCCUAUGGUCCGUGACUCUGCGCUUUCACUAAUUGCGAAGUGUAUUGCUCUCAAACCGAAGCUUGAGGAAGAUGGGUGCCGGAGCAUUCUAACCUGUGCGGCUGAUCCGACAGCUGGGGUACGGAAGCGCUGCAUUGCGCUGCUCAAGGAUAUCUAUCUCAAGACGUCACGUACCGAGCUAAAGUUGGCAAUCAUUGAUAGCUUCCUUCAACGGACUAGCGACCUUGAGGAGAGUGUAUCUUCUCUGGCACGUCAGACAUUCGAGGAGAUCUGGCUUGCUCCGUUCCAUGAGCUAAUCGAUUCAGCUCAAGAUGGUUCCAAGCUUAAGGUCGGCCUUGGGGAACGAGUGACAUUGAUCGUGAACUUAGUCCAACGCAGCGAGACUGCCCUUGAAACGCUUGGGGGUUGUCUCAGAAAGAUCCUUUCCGAGAGUUCCAAGACCGCUGCCUUGAACUUCAAAGUGUGCAAAGCGAUGGUUGCAACGAUGUUCGAAAAGCUAGUUGAGGACAACGAAUCUUCAGGCAAGGAGUUUCAACAGGCUCUCCUGCAGACGAUCACAGUCUUUGCAAAGGCCAAUGCAAAGUUAUUCAGCCCUGACCAGCUCGAAACCCUUCAUCCUUAUAUCGGCAAUCUCACCACGGCAGAGGACCUGUUUAUUUUCCGAUCUGUUGUGGUCAUCUAUCGAUGUGUCCUGCCAUAUGUAUCGUCCGCUCAUAACACUCUCCUCAAAGAGGUGCAAAAUGACUUGUUCAAGAGCGUCGCGAAACUCGCUCGUUCUGAGCUCAACGAGGUAAUGGCCUGUCUGUGGACCAUCAACGGGAUCUUGCGCAAUACAGACAGGCUUGUGAAGCUCACCAUUUCGGUGCUGAAACCAAUUCAACAGUAUAGGAGCGCUGACCUCACCGAUAAUGCCAAUCCCGCUAUUGUGGCCAGGGCCAAGAGUUAUAUACGAAUUGCAGGCUGCGUGGGUCGACAUUGUGAUCUCGAGAAAUAUGAAUCACACUUCAGGAACGCAUUCCCUUCGUGGAAAGGCGGAUCUGUGGCCGGGCUGAUGGUAGAUUCUAUUGUGCCUUACACACUUGCAAAGCAACCUUUGGAACUAAGAGUCAUGGCACUGGAGAGCGUAGGAUCUAUUUGUCAAGCAUGGCCUGCUCAAUUCAGUCGAGAUGAACCCCGAAAAAUUCUGUCCAUGGUCUUCAAGGAGGACAAUGCAAGUCUUCAGAACAUCGUUUUGAAAUCAUUUGCGGAAUUUUUCGCCAUGCACGAAGGCAAGACAGAGAAAUUUGUCUCAAGCGCUGAAGUCACAGACCAGGAGAAUUCCACCCGAUUAGGAGGUUCUCUGAAGGCGAGUGAUAAUGAUGGGGCCGCGGCUUUGAUUGCGCAACAUUUUCUACAAAGCAUGCUUCGGGUCGCUCAGUCACGGCAGGAUUCUUUUGCGUUGACGGCUAUUGAAUUGAUUGCCAGUAUCAACCGCCAAGGUCUGGUCCAUCCGAAAGAGUGCGCAGGUGUCUUGGUUUCGCUGGAGACGUCGACAGUUCCAGCUAUUUCCAAGAUCGCUUACGAUACACAUAAGAUGCUUCACCAACAAUACGAAUCCAUGUUCGAAAGAGAGUACAUGCGGGCAGUUCAGGAAGCAUUUUAUUACCAGCGUGAUGUGGUUGGAGACCCCAGCGGUGCCCUCGCCCGGCCUUAUGUCGCCAAAUUAGCACCACUAUUCGAAAUCAUCAAAACCAGCAAUAGUCGGUACCAGAAAAAAUUCCUGUCGAAUCUGUGCGCGAAGGUCAAUUUCGAAUUGAAGAAGCUCGAUAGCACUGGGAACCCGCCGGAACAUCUUCUGCUUGCACGCUUCGUGUCCCAGAAUUUGGCAUUCUUUGACUACGGUCAGCUCGCCGAGCUCGUCUCAGCUAUUGGAUCCAUGGAGCGUAUCGUUGCUGCGACAGGAACGGUCGUAGCGCAUGCCAUUGAAACCGACAUUUUCCCUGCAAAAGCCGGGCCGCCGCAGGAAGGACAGUCAACGGACUCCGCAGCCCCAGGGCCGAUUCACCCCGAGCCUCUGCGGCAAGUCAACCCAGCCGUCCUCCGGCAACUGGCAACAGCGGCAGCCUCACUCUCGAUGCUCUGGGAGGCUCGAACCUACCUUCGCCGCCUGUAUGGAAUUCACGCCCAUGUGCGAGACAAGGAAGGCAAGAAUGCGCCCAAGGAGCUCAACAAGUCUGCCACAAAAGUGCAAGGAGUGACCGGCGACAAAUUCUGGGAUGCCAUUGCCCGUAACCUGGAGACGCUCGAGAGUGAAGACCGGAUGGUCAGCAAAUGCCGCGAAUUUUCUACCUUACUCGCGAUCGAUGACGAAUUCAAGGUCGUCGACGACGAAGAUGCGGAAGGCGACAACUUCGAUCAUGACCUCGACGACCCGGGAGCUGGUCUUGCGCCAGCCAGUCAGCGGCCCGGCAAACGAAAGAACUCUGUAUCCAGCCAGAAUCCUGUCAAGCGACCUCGGGGAAGGAAACCUGGCUCCGGCAAGAAGAGAGCGAGCAUGGAACCAGAAGACGAUAUGGACUGGAGCUGA